CACCGUGACAGUCAAGCAACACUAUAAAUGUGACUCGCGACGGGCUAACAUGGCUGCUGGGAACCGAAAUCUGAGGAAUAUUGUGCGGUCGGAGUGUGUUUGCAUCAGCGUGAAGCCCAGUGUUAAGUUAAAACAUUGACUGCCCCCGCCCAUCAACGACUAUUGCCGCGUUCUAACGUAUUUCGACGCGCCGGAGUGCCCUUCCGUGUGUCUGCCGCGUGUGCUAGUGUGUGUGGUAAAAUCAAUGGUGCGUGAGUGGGAUUGAUUUGUGACGCUGCUGGCCAAAAGCAGCCCCUCCCCCCGUGCUCAGGCACGGCCAUAGUAACGCAGCAUCGAUUGUACAGUUUUAGAGCAAACAAAUCAAUUAGAAAAUGCAGAGCGCAUGAGUUGAAUUGUGAGUGGGCGUCCCACAAAAGCUGACUGCUGCCGCACCGCGAAGGGAGCGUAAGCGUGAUAGAGAGAGGGAGGAAAGCAACGAUUGCCAAAGAUUAGUUACUUAGAGUAGAUCCGAUCUUUUGGAUCGACGGAUUACAAAGCGUAUCACAAAUUAUCAUUGUAUAAUGACAUCAAGACUCGACCGACUGUUCAUCCUACUCGAGACCGGCUCUACAGCGGCCACUCGCCAUGCGGCGGCCAAGCAGAUCGGUGAGGUCCAGAAGCUAUAUCCACACGAGUUACACGCGCUGCUCAACCGCCUGGUUGGCUAUCUGCACAGUUCGUCCUGGGAGACGCGCAUAGCAGCGGCUCAGACUGUGGAGGCCAUACUCAAGCAAGUGCCGCCGUGGAAUCCGGAACUACAGGUUUUGCCCAAGAAGGAGCGCUCCGGCAGUGAUGCCAACCCAGCGGCAGCGGCAGCUGCAGCCGAGGAAGACAGCUGCCAGUCAAGUGGUUCCAGCUCGACAACGGCCAGCGAGCGACUGCUAAGCUUCGAUGAGUUCGAUCUGCAGCAAAUCCUUCACAAAGGCGCCCGUCUCAUCGGCUCCGAGGGCAAUGAGUUCGAUGUGCAGGACGAGCAAGCGGCCAGCGGUGGUGGAGAGGAGGAGCGGAGUCUGGCCAGUCGCCUGAGUCGACAGCGGGCGGUGCUUAACGACAAACUGGGUCUGACCACGGCUGCCAAGCUGGGCGUUAAUCUUACCGAUAUGAUCACAGACGAGGACAUGGCGCUCACUAGGAGUGGUAGCAGCUAUAACGUCAACGCCGAGAAGCUCCCUGUGGAGCACUUACUCAACAUUAAGCCAACGGCUAACGGUUCUGGGCAGGCUCAGCUAAGCUGUCGUGAAAUGAACCGGGCUAAGCGCAAGGCCCGCCAAAACACAGGCGUGUCUGCCACCGUGGUCACGCCCACAUGCAGCAGGCGCAACUCGAACAGUAACCACAGUACAGGGAGUAACCACAGCAACAAUGGCACCAUGUCGAUUGUUGCAUUGGAUGAGCCGGAGAAGAAGAAGCUCAAGUCAACGGAGCGACAGGAAAUCUUUUACAGUCUUAAUGCUGCCGUUCCAGAUGCUACAGGCACUUGGGUGGAUGCCGUCUCCUGGCCGUUGGAGAACUUCUGCUCGCGCCUUUUCAUCGAUCUCUUUCAUGCCAAAUGGGAGGUUCGCCAUGGUGCGGCCACAGCUCUACGGGAGUUGAUCAACCAGCAUGCCCAAGGAGCGGGAAAGGCUGUGCAACAGACUCGCGAACAGAUGGACGAAGCGCACAGUCGUUGGCUGGAGGAUGCCGCCCUUCGCCUUCUCUGUGUGCUUUGCCUGGAUAGAUUCGGCGAUUUUGUCUCGGAUCAGGUGGUGGCGCCGGUGCGGGAAACAUGUGCCCAGGUGUUGGGAACGCUGGUAAAGGAGAUAAAUGCGUCCAAGGUUCAACGGAUCGUGGAUAUCUUGCUUCAGCUUAUCCAGCACAAGAACGAGUGGGAGGUGCGGCAUGGUGGUCUACUCGGCCUGAAGUAUGUUUUUGUUGUGCGCGAGGAGCUGCUGCCGAUUUAUUUGCCGCAGUCUAUUUCAAACAUCCUCAUUGGUCUGCUGGACGUUGUGGACGAUGUUGGCGCUGUGGCUGCAGCCACACUGAUUCCAGUUUCCUCCUGGCUUCCUAAGCUUUUGAAUGCCCCGCAAGUCUCAUCCAUCGUAAAGAUGUUAUGGGAUUUGCUCUUGGAUCAGGAUGAACUCACAUCUGCUUGCAACAGUUUCAUGGGCCUUCUGGCGGCCAUUUUAUGCUUGCCAAAAGCCGCCACUUGGGUAGAGAUGGAGCCAAUGGCCAUACUGGUGCCCCGACUUUGGCCAUUUCUUUCACACAGCACCAGUUCGGUGCGGAGAUCCACGCUUAAAACGCUGAUCACUCUGACCAGUGCGGAUAAAAUGAAGUCGGAACCCGAAGAGAAGGAGGAGCAGGUUAACGAAGAGCAGGAUAAGCAAAAGAUGAAGCUAAACUUUGGAGUCAGUGACUGGAAAUGGCAAUUGUUGCAACAGGCACUGCGUCACAUAUAUCAGCGUAUUCUGGUCGAACCGCAGGCGGAUAUCCAGGCUCUGGCUCGGCAGGUGUGGUCCAAUCUCAUCCAGCAUGCGGAUUUGGGUGCCCUCUUACACGCUGCCUGUCCGUACGUGUCCUCCUGGAUUUGUCUUUCAAUGCAGCCACCUAGACUCGCCUUCGAUGCAGGAGUGUUGAUCAGAGCUUGUGGAGAUUCGAGCAAUGCAGGAAGCACUUCGCGGAAACGAACGCCCCGCAUAGGAGACGAUCUCGGCGGAGCCAUCCUGGCGAACUCCAAUGCCACUCUUAAGUUAUAUCUGGGUGGCAGCGAGGCCACGCCACUGGAGUUGCGGGAGGCAAACUUUAUGCGAGCCCGCAUUUCCUCGUCGCGGGCGCUGGGAGCUCUCUCCCAUUACCUGGUGCAACCGGCACCAGGAGUGGUUUACACCCCACAAACUGAAAGCCCCACGGACUGCUAUACGAAAGUUUUGCUGGGUCACCUCAAUGCCCACUCCGCCGUCCAGCGAAUCGUGUGUGGACUGAUUAUUGCUUUUUGGGCUCUUGAAGAUGAGCCAGUGCGACCGGGACCGCCAAAUCUGCAGGAAAAGUUACACCAGUGUGUAAACGAGUACGUCUACUAUGAUGAGGUGGCCAUCUCUCUGACCCGACUGCUGCAAGAGGCCCAGGAUUUUAUUGCUACGCUAAAGCAGAACAAAAUUCCUAUCAACGACUUCAAUAACGCCAAGAUCCUCACCCUGGAUCAGAUCGAGGCGGUGGCAACCACAUUAAGCGAAAAUCUGCGUAUCUAUCCUCUCAAGCCAAAGUUGUUGGACAUGCUAGAGGAGCGGCGGCGCAGUCUCCAAGCGUCCUACCAGCAGACGACCAGUGAGCAGAGCGCUUACCAUGUCAGUGCACAAGCGGCACUCGCCGGCGCCAUUUGCGCACUACACUGCCUACCCGAGAAGCUGAAUCCGGUGGUGAAGCCACUGAUGGAGUCCAUAAAGCGGGAGCAGUGCCUCCAGCUGCAGCAGCUGUCUGCCGAGUUCCUGGUCCACCUAAUGGAUCAGGUCUGUGAUAGAAACCCUAGUCCAAAUAGCAAGAUCUUGAACAAUCUAUGCACUCUGCUUCGAAGCGAUGCCGAGCACACACCCAAAUUGGUAAUGCCACUGCAAACACUCAGGCAGACCCCACCUUCUUCUGAGGUCACGAAUAGCUGUGUUUACUACGGAAUCCUGACACUUGCACAUCAACAGGCAGUGACAACAACAAGCAACCGGGGAGGCGGUGGAGGUGGUGGAGGAGGUACCACUCCGACGACUGCCACCGUUAGCCGUGGCCCUGGGCGACCGCCCGCUGGUGAGAUUCUAGUCCCAACCGCCGCCGCAGCUCACAUUGAGCUGAAGGUACAACAAGCGAAGGAAUCGGAGGCGAAACAAUGCCGCAUCCAGCGCAUGGGAGCGGCCUGUGCCAUAGAGAAACUGUGUAGGACUUUUGGAGAGCACAUCGUAGAUAAGGUGGCUGUUUUCCAGCAGUUGAUGUUCGGCAAGGUGGAGCAGUUCGUAAAGGAAACUUACGAUAGGCAGUUGGGCUGCAUUUUGCCAGAUUUGGGAGUAUGCAACGAGCUCCUUAGCUCUUUGCAGCUGAUCGAGACGGCGGCCCCUCAUCUUCAUCCUGCACUGCAUCCUCAGAUGUUCGCCCUGCUGCUACCGCUUGGGUUUAUUGUUUGUCAUCCUCUUAAGGCGGUCCGCCACAUGGCCGCCCGCUGCAUCGCCGUGCUGGCAGAGAUCGAUGCUUGUCAGACCAUGCAGUUUGUGGUGCACGAUCUGUUACCGCUGCUUAAAAAGAUUGAGCAGCUCAUUGAGCGCCAGGGAGCAGUGGAGGCUAUCGAACGAGUAGUAAGCCGGCUCCAAAUAAAAGUGGUACCCUACAUCGUGCUCCUGGUCGUGCCUCUGCUGGGAGCAAUGAGCGAUCCUGAUGAAUCAGUGCGACUGCUCUCGACCCACUGUUUUGCUAAUCUCGUCCAGCUAAUGCCACUAGACGGUAAGGCGGAGCAACUAAAGAGCGAGCCGCUGCAGGCGCGCAAGACCCGCGACCGAGAAUUCCUCGACUACCUUUUUAAUCCAAAGAGCAUUCCCAACUACAAGGUUCCCGUGCCAAUAAACGUGGAAUUGCGCUGCUACCAGCAAGCAGGCAUUAACUGGCUGUGGUUCCUGAACAAGUACAAUCUGCACGGCAUCCUUUGUGACGACAUGGGUUUAGGCAAAACCCUGCAGACGAUCUGCAUCCUUGCUGGGGAUCACCUCCACCGCCAGGCAAACAAUUCGGCCAAUCUGCCCAGUCUUGUCAUAUGCCCCCCCACUUUGACUGGUCACUGGGUGUACGAAAUAGAGAAGUUUCUGACACAGGGUUCCAUUCUGCGUCCUCUGCACUACUACGGAUUCCCAGUGGGCAGAGAGAAGCUGAGGAAUGAGAUUGGAACGAGCUGCAACCUGGUGGUGGCCUCCUAUGACACGGUGCGUAAGGACAUAGACUUCUUCAGCGGUAUUCACUUCAACUACUGCGUCCUAGACGAGGGCCACAUCAUCAAGAACGGCAAGACAAAGAGUUCUAAGGCCAUCAAGCGACUAAAGGCCAACCACAGACUGAUCCUCUCUGGCACGCCCAUCCAGAACAACGUACUAGAGCUCUGGUCUUUGUUCGACUUCCUAAUGCCAGGAUUCCUGGGCACUGAGAAGCAGUUCGUGCAACGCUUCUCGCGCCCCAUUCUGGCAUCACGGGAUGCAAAGAGUUCGGCCAAGGAACAAGAGGCCGGCGUGCUGGCCAUGGAGGCGUUGCAUCGCCAAGUCCUGCCUUUCCUACUUCGCCGCGUUAAGGAGGACGUGCUUAAGGACUUGCCGCCCAAGAUCACACAGGACUUACUGUGCGAAUUAAGUCCGCUCCAGCUUCGACUUUAUGAAGACUUUAGCAAUAAGCACCUGAAAGACUGUUUGGAUAAGCUGGGCGACUCGUCGACGCCAGCGAUGGUGACGGAGAAUCUCAGCGCCAAGACGCAUAUUUUCCAGGCGCUUCGAUACCUGCAGAACGUGUGCAACCAUCCCAAGCUUGUGCUGCGCCAGUCCGAGGAGCUCACUCAGGUGGCCAGUCAGCUGGCGCUCUCCAACAGCUCACUGGACGACAUUGAGCACUCGGCCAAGUUGCCGGCCCUGAAACAACUUCUCCUAGACUGCGGCAUUGGUGUACAGACAGAGUCGGUUAGCCAGCAUCGUGCACUGAUCUUCUGCCAGCUGAAGGCGAUGUUAGACAUUGUGGAGCACGAUUUGUUGCGUCGGCACCUGUCCAGCGUCACCUAUCUGCGGCUGGACGGUAGUGUGCCCGCAUCCCAGCGCCAGGAUAUAGUCAACAACUUUAACAGCGAUCCCAGCAUUGAUGUGUUGCUUCUAACCACUCUGGUUGGUGGCCUGGGUCUUAAUCUGACCGGUGCCGAUACGGUCAUCUUUGUCGAGCACGACUGGAACCCCAUGAAGGAUCUGCAGGCCAUGGACCGAGCGCAUCGAAUCGGUCAGAAGAAAGUGGUAAAUGUUUACCGUCUGAUCACGCGUAACUCGCUGGAGGAAAAGAUCAUGGGGCUGCAGAAGUUCAAGAUACUCACCGCCAACACUGUGGUGAGUGCGGAGAACGCCUCGCUUCAAACGAUGGGAACCUCGCAAAUCUUUGAUCUAUUCAACGGAGGCAAAGACCAAGGAGCAGUAUCUGGAUCAACAACGGCAACAGGAUCAGCACAGGGCGGCAUGUCCAUGAACACCAUUAUCGAGAACCUUCCGGAGCUGUGGUCCGAGCAUCAGUACGAGGAGGAAUACGAUCUGGGCAACUUUGUGCAGGCACUGAAAAAGUAGACUAUCGCUUCCCACUCCAAGACUUCCAGUAAAACUUCUGUUCUAGGCUAGAUUGAAAAUUUAUAAAAACCAUCUGAAAUACUUUAUUUUUCGAAUCCGUUUCGGAAAGUUGCCCUCUGUUCCUUUGUAAUCACAAACAGAAUUUU